AUGGCGGAAAUUGCUUCAACUUUGCAUUCAAUCUCAAAAGAGUCCUUCACCUCCGAGUCUGAUCGUCAACAGGCUGUUAGGGAGGCGCGAGCCCUAAUUGCCCGCCUUGAGUCGCCGUGGGAAACAGCUUUUCGUCAAUCAUGGAUUGAGCCAUCACGUAUGGCUUGUUUAGAAAUAGGCAAUAAAAUUGGUCUAUGGGCUAAAUGGGUCGCUGAUGGCAGCGCUCCUAAGACUGUGGAAGAAAUUUCCAACCUUGUCACUUGUGACAUUCAGCUACUUUCCCGAAUUAUCUGGCAGCUGGCUGGUACAAAUCUGCUCAAAGUUGUCAAGCCCGGAGUCUUUGGUCUCACCCCAUUCGCCGCAGCUCUCGGAAGUGGCCCUCAAAUUGCAAGCACCGUCACCUUGUACUUUGACGUUCAGGGGCCUGCUCUACAUACACUCCCGAGUUACGUGGAGGAUCUUGGCUUCAAGAACCCGACUGAUCAAGCCAAUGGCUCUUUUGCCAAAUGGGCCAAAGCUCCUCUCUGGGAGUGGCUGAAGGAGCAUCCUGACGCCGAGAAAGUCAUUGGCACUGUCAUGCAGACUUAUGCCGGAAACAGACCGACUCUUUCUCAUAUUUACCCUACUGAUAAGUUACUAAGCGGCCUUACUGAUCAAAGUAGCGUUGUUCUGGUUGAUGUUGGUGGUAGUCUGGGUCAUGAUCUGCUCUCCUUCUCGAAAAUCUCGGAUUUCAAGCCGGAAACUCUCGUGCUUCAAGAUCGAGCUCCUGUGCUUGAGAAUGCAGGAGAGCUUACUCCAGCAAUCAAGAAGAUGGAGUAUGAUUUUUUCACACCUCAGCCAGUUGAAGGUGCUGCAGCCUAUUACCUACAUUUCAUUCUUCAUGAUUGGCCUGACGCAGAUUGCAAGAAGAUUCUCAGUAAUCAGAAAGCAGGAAUGAAGAAAGGCUACAGCAAAUUACUUCUUCAUGAAGUUGUCCUUGAUGCGAAUGAGCCCAAGGAGACCGGUACCUCUUCUGACAUUGCAAUGAUGGCAAUGGUCUCCGGUAUGGAGAGAACUGAAGCACAGUGGACUGCUUUGCUGGAAGAGUCGGGCUUCAAGAUUGUCCAAAUCUAUCACCAUGGCCUCGGUGCCGAGUCUGUCAUCGAGGCAGAAAUUGCAUAG